CCAGCUUCCGGGGCGGGACACAAGAGCCCGGAAGUCGUCGAGAAACGGAGGAGGUUUGGGGUCGGAGUCGUUGUCCCUCGUUUUCCCGCGUGUGUAGCCUGUGCCGCCGCCGCCAUGGGGAAACGACAGCACCAGAAGGACAAGAUGUACAUUACCUGUGCUGAAUACACUCAUUUCUAUGGUGGCAAAAAGCCAGAUGUCCCACAAGCAAAUUUUCGUCGUUUACCUUUUGACCACUGCAGUCUCUCUCUGCAGCCCUUCGCCUACCCAGUCUGCACUCCAGAGGGUGUCGUCUUUGAUUUGCUGAACAUCGUUCCAUGGCUUAAGAAGUACGGGACCAACCCCAGCAAUGGAGAGAAACUCGACGGGAGAUCCCUGAUCAAGCUGAACUUUGCCAAGAACAGCGAAGGGAAGUACCACUGCCCGGUGCUGUUCACCGUGUUCACUAACAACACUCAUAUUGUGGCCAUCAAGACGACUGGCAAUGUCUAUGCUUAUGAGGCAGUGGAGCAGCUGAACAUCAAGGCCAAGAACUUCCGGGACCUGCUGACUGACGAGCCCUUCUCUCGGCAGGACAUCAUCACCCUCCAGGACCCCACCAAUUUGGACAAGUUCAAUGUCUCCAGCUUCUUCCACGUUAAGAAUAACAUGAAAAUAAUAGACCCAGAUGAGGAAAAGGCCAAGCAGGACCCAUCUUAUUAUUUGAAAAACACAAAUACUGAGACCCGAGAGACACUGCAGGAGCUCUACAAGGAGUUCAAAGGGGAUGAGAUUCUGGCAGCCACCAUGAAGGCCCCGGAGAGGAAGAAAGUGGACCAGCUGAAUGCUGCUCAUUACUCCACGGGGAAGGUCAGUGCGUCCUUCACCUCCACUGCCAUGGUGCCGGAGACCACGCACGAAGCAGCUGCCAUUGACGAGGACAUGCUGCGCUACCAGUUCGUGAAGAAGAAGGGCUACGUACGGCUGCACACCAGCAAGGGUGACCUCAACCUGGAGCUGCACUGUGACCUGACACCGAAAACCUGCGAAAACUUUGUCAAGCUGUGCAAGAAGCACUAUUACGAUGGCACCAUCUUUCACAGAUCCAUCAGGAACUUUGUGAUCCAAGGUGGGGACCCUACAGGCACAGGCACAGGCGGGGAGUCGUACUGGGGAAAGCCCUUCAAAGAUGAGUUCCGGCCUAACCUCUCACACACGGGCCGAGGCAUCCUCAGCAUGGCCAACUCGGGGCCCAACACCAACAAGUCCCAGUUCUUUAUCACCUUCCGUUCCUGUGCGUACCUGGACAAGAAGCACACCAUCUUUGGACGGGUCGUUGGGGGCUUCGACACACUGACAGCCAUGGAGAAUGUGGAGAGUGACCCCAAGACGGACCGCCCUAAGGAGGAAGUCCGCAUCGAUGCCACCACAGUGUUCGUGGACCCCUACGAGGAGGCCGAUGCCCAGAUUGCUCAGGAGCGGAAGGUGAAACUUGAAGUGACCCCAGAGGCCAAGGUGAAGACCAGCCAGCCCCAGUCUGGGAGCCAGGGCCCUCAGACGUGCCGUCAGGGGGUGGGCAAGUACAUCAGCCCGGCAGCCACAAAACGCGCAGCAGAGGAAGAACCAUCAACCAGUACAGCUGUCCCUGCAGCCAAGAAAAAGCCCAGUUGGGGUUUUGGGGACUUCAGCUCCUGGUAGCCAACAGGAAACCCCCUUCCCACUUCAGCCAGCGCUGUCUUCAGCUUGCAGAACACGGCAGCACCACGGGCUGCAGCGAUGCCCUA